UUUAUACAAAGAAUAAAACGUUUGUUACCGUUUAUGUUAAUUACCUGGAUCGGAAUGAAUGAGGAUUUAGAUUCUCCAAUUUGAAACUCUCCCUGCAAACAGAACCAAAAUCGGAGCUCCGAAGGCGAGGGAGAUUAUCCUCCGCCGGUUAACCAUUCUCUCUGCCAUGGACGCACGUCACGCAUCUCUGGGUCGACGAACUCUGGAAGAUAUUCGACAAAAGCGAGCGGCAGAGAGAUUGAGCAAAGCAUCGUCUGGACCAGAUCUCAGCAAAUCCCCAAUCCUUGCAGAUAAUGUUGGAAUUAAGAAAUCCGAGAGUGCAAAUCGACUCUCAGAGGCUGAUGUUAGUGGUUUAGUAGCGCAGCUGCAAGAACUUCAGAAAAGGAAUUCAGAGUUAGAGGAGAAGAACAGGGUACUGUCUUUCAAGCUCCAAACCGAGAAUGCUGCGAAUGAGACUUUACAAAGUCGUGUGAAUGAUCUGGAACAGAGUACAGUUCCAUCUUUAAGGAAAGCCCUUAAGGAUGUAGCAAUGGAAAAAGAUGCAGCAGUUGUUGCAAAGGAGGACCUUUCAGGGCAGCUUCGUACACUAAAGAAACGGUUAAAGGAUGCAGAAGAGGAACAAUACAGAGCUGAGGAAGAUGCUGCAGCAUUGAGAGCAGAGUUGAACUCAAUUCAGCACCAGGCAAUGAGUAAUCAGCUCAACGGUAUAACUUCCAUGGGUAUUCCAUCAGACCAAUUACAAAGCUUGGAACUUGAGUUGGCCAAUUUGAAGUCGGAUCUGCAGCAAGAAUCUGCCAUGAGGCAACUCGAGCAACAGCGGUUGCUGGAGGAGAAACUCAAGGUUUCUGUCCUUGCGUCUGAAAAACAGCAGCUGGAAGACAAACUUCUUGCUGUGUCCCAAAGUGCAACAGGACAAGUGUCAGAAGGUGUUGCUCAUAAUGUAUUUUCAAUGGAGGAUAAAGAGAGACUUGAGAAGCAGUUGCAUGAUAUGGCUGUUGCAGUUGAGAGACUGGAAAGUAGUAGACAGAAGCUUUUGAAGGAGAUUGAUUCCCAAUCUUCAGAGAUAGAGCAGCUUUUCGAAGAAAAUUCCCACCUUUCACAUUCUCUUCAAGAGGCAAUGAACACUGCCAAUCAAUGGGAGAGCCAGUUAAAGGAUUGUCUCAAGCAGAAUAAAGAACUUCGUGUAAUGCUCGAUAAAUUGAGAACAGAACAGACAGCUGUACUGUCUUCAAGUUACAAUGACAUGCAGAGAGGCUCAAAAGAACCAGAAAGAGAUGGCUUAAACUCACAGGGAUCUGCAACUGAAGUCCUCUCUCUCAAGGGGGAGCUCGUAAAAGAACAAAGCAGAGCAGAAGCUUUAUCGGCAGAGGUCAUGCAGCUAUCGGCAAAACUCCAGCAGGCAACACAGGCAUACAUUAGUCUUGCACAUGCCUAUAGACCCGUGCUGCGGAACAUUGAAAGCAGUCUCAUCAAGAUGAAGCAGGAUGGCUCCGUGACAGCUCAAUGAGAAAGCAGAGAACACUACUAUUCAUUCAUCGUAUACUUCAUGACUAGCUGACCUCCACUGCAGGCUUUUUGUGCCUACUAGAGCUUGUGAAAUGCUCGACUUUAGGGCGAACAACCCAGCUGGAAGAGGAGAAGGGCAGUUACCCUCAUGUUACUUUCUUCGUUUUGGGUCCAGGAAAGUGAUGUGGGGAUGCCGUUCAGUACCUAGUGCAUAACGGUUCUUUUUCCUUCUCACAAUUAAUAGAAAUAUAUGGCCAUGUUUGGAGGAUGUGAUUGUCCAAAUUCAUGUAUUGGUUCAAUUACUGUAUUAUGAUUUGAGGUAUUGAUUGAAUGUAUGUAUUAGACAAAUCCCUUGUUUGGAUGUGUUAAAGAUUGUGUAUUGGUUGUAAAAAGAAAUUACACUUUUUGAGACCAAUGACAUUAAUGCCCUUCCCUUUUUGGAUUGAACAGGGCGUUCAGGUAAAGCUAUAUGAUUUGGAAUGUGGAUG